AUGUCUGAAGAGAACCAGCUCUUUUGGAAAGCCUACGCCUCGACCGUCAAGAACAUCAUGGUCAGCGGCCCUGUUGGUGACAACACCAGAGUCUACAUCGCUGCUGCCAACACUGCUGGCAUCUCCGGUGGUAAAGACAUUCCCGCUGUCUGCACCAACUGGGGAAUCUACCAGUAUGCGGACUUUCUGCUGGAUCCCACCAACCCCAACUUCGUCGCCAGCAAAGUCUCGCGCUACUCUGAAGCGCUCAACAUGACCCUGCAGACCCUCACUCCGGGCGCUGGUGGUGACAACUCUCCUGAUGCCUGGGACAGACUCAACAAGGCUAAGGAGAGAUUGGCUAUCCUUCGCACCGAGAUGGAGGACGCCAGGAAGCAGGCUAUGCAGGACUUCAAGGACGAUGAUAAUCCUGACAAGCCUAAGUCAUUCGCUCAGUGGGCCCCUCUCAAUGCCAAUGCCUACCUGGUCGCCUUCCAAAACUGGGAGGCUGCCACGAAUGAAGUUCAAAUGAAGACUAAUGCCAUUGGCGGCGCUGGCUCUGCUCUGCUUGCCGAAGCUAUGAAGAGUGCCGCUAACGGAUCCAACACUCUCACUGAGAUUAAAGGAUUCAACAUGAAGGCUAGCUUUCAGUCAGUCACUUACGAUGCUGCUGGAAGGCCCGUCCUUCCUGACCCGCUUGAGACCCAAUAUGUCCCUCAGUACUCCAUCUCAGGCUACGCUGAGAUGCUCGAUGGCUGGAUUGGCUUCACGAACAAGAAGCCGGAUGAAUUCGGUAUCAGUCUCUCUACUGGCCAACAGUCUUCCUUCAAGGACAUCGGCUUCACUGAAGCUCAGGGUAAUGCUUCCUUCAGUCGCUUCCCCGUCUUUGACUUUUAUGCUAGUGGAGGUGGACGUGUUGAGCACUCCAACUUCGACAUGAGCUCCAAUGCAAAGGACGUCAAGGUCUCUCUCAAGAUCCAACACUACAAGACCGUUCCAUUUGAGCCUGGUUCUUGGGACGUUGACGUCAACAGCCUCAUUGCUAAGCUUGGUGCCAAGCCUCCCGCCAUGUUUCAAAAGGUCCGCCCUACGCAGAUGCUCGUCGCCCAGGGCGUCAGCAUGGAAAUCAGCUUCAGCGGUGACGCCAAGACUGCUUUUGACCAGGACUACAAGAAGACGGUUCAAGGUGGUGGUGGCAUCAGUAUUUUCGGAUUCCGCAUUGGAGCUUCUGGUUCCUCUUCUGAGGAGAAUGGGUCUCACCGCAACACUUGGGACUCGAGCGCCGGUGUUCUCACCAUCAACGCUGAGAACUCUCGCGCAUCCGCCAAUGUCCUGGCUGUCAUGGGUGAGAUUGUCAGUGCUUAG